UAUUUGCAUCAGCAUAGUUGUAUUCAAAUUUGCUUGUUCUUUGUUUUUUAUUAUAAAAUUAACUUCUCUCAACAGAAAUGAAGAUGAGAUGGCUCCAGCUAAAAAGUAUCUACCACCAUUACAGCAGCUAAGACCAGUAAAUGGCAUUAACUUGAUGAAAUUGACAGCACUAGAGAAUAGGACAAGGGAACUAUCUACACAUUGUCCACACCCACCAUUGUACUUAUCAUGUACACCCAGUAAUAUCUGUCCAGUACUCAGUUUUAAACCACGGCACACACUCUGUAGACAGCUUCAUACACUAUCAUUACAAAAACAGUUCUCUGAAUAUCAAGUGAAAGGAUGUAUGAGUAUACAUUCUGGUACAUUUACUUGUAAUAAAAAAGUGGACAGGUCAAAUGUACCAACACUGAAUGAGGAAGACUUAGAAGAAAGCUUUAUUCGAGGAAGUGGUCCUGGGGGACAGAGUGUCAACAAGACAGCAAGUGCUUGCAUGUUAAAACAUACCCCAACUGGUAUUAUUGUUAAAUGUCAUGAAGACAGAAGUUUGCAUAAAAAUCGCACUACAGCUCGUAAGAAGAUGAUUGAAAAACUGGAUCAGCAUUUCAAUGGUGACAUGAGUGUUGCUGCUCAGUUGAAGAGAAUGCAGAAUGAAAAGCAAACAAAAGCACAACUAAAAGCAAAGAAAAAACAGAUGAUGAAAAAGGCAUGGAAAGAGCGAGAAGGUUUGAAUGAAAGCUAAAGGUAUGAAUCAGUAUACAUAACUUUGCAGAUGUAAUGUAAAUUAAGAGGUGUAAAUAAUAAUUAAUGUGUGCACAUGGAAGAUGGGAUUUCUUACAAUAAUCAUCAGUACGCAGGAUUUAAUAAUAUCUUCUGCAGGUAUCACCAAGAGCUUUUGACAGGACUUUUGUUCAGUGCUAAUUGUACCUUAAGCAAUAAUCUAGGAAUAGAAUUGCUCCUAUUUUUGUUACAGCUCUUAAAAUCUGUCUGCAUUGUACAGGUUCAGAUCUUGUAUGAAUUCUACAAAGACAAUAAUGCCUUUUUUAUACCAAAGUGGGAACUAAUUCUAUUUUAUUUAUUGAAAAUUUUCUGACACAUCAACAUCUAAUGUUAUGAGUGGUAUAUUAAAAAAAACAGCAAUAGGGUGGGACUUGGGGCAAGGCUCCCAAGUAUAGCAUUAUAAUAAAGUACUGUGGCAAAAAGGGGUAAAAAUCAGUUAGUGGUUAGGUAGGAUAUGUGGACAAAAGAAGAGGAUGCAGAAAAAGGAAAGGGGUACAAGAAAAGACCAUGCAAAAUUUAUUGAGGCAAGGGCUGAGGUCAAGGCAGGGGUACAUUGGGCCUAGGUCGCCAGCUCCUAAGUGGGAACGAAGUCAUUAUAUCAAUAGAUAAAUAAAUAAAAAAAUUA